AUGGCAGCCGAGCUUAUCAUGCCGACGCUCCCAGGCGAUCAGCAUCCUCACCACCAUCACCACUUCGCUACCCAGCGACCUCCACACUCCCGAUCUCUCUCCUUCCAGGUCCCCCAGCCACACUCCAACCAGCUCUCUCCUCUUAGCACAUCCGAUCUCGACAAGCACCAUGCCUCUACGCCGUCAUCGCCUAAAGCAAAGCAUGCGCGCCCAGCCCGGCCGAUGUAUAUGCCCGCCGUCCUGCGACCGAACAGCGACUUUAUCUGCCAGAAGAUCACUGGUGUGAGCCCAACCAACUCAGACGCAAGCAGCGUUCAAACCGCGGGCCGUCGGCGGCUGUCUGGUGCUGGUUUCAUGAUGAUGCCCGGCUUUUCAGCCCUUGGUCAGCGCCUCACACGGAGAACUACCGGCGACAGCACCAAGAGUUUCGAGAGCGGUUGGGAUCUAGAUCUUUUCCCUCAAGUUACUGAUCUUCCCACUCGGAAACACUGGAAGCCCGACCCAGAAUCCUCCGUUUGCGACGACCCUACCUGCAAGCGAACCUUUAAUUAUUUCACGAGACGUCACCACUGCCGCAGAUGUGGCAAUAUCUUCUGCGAUCCUCACUCGAGCUUUGAGGUUCCCCUGGAUCAGGACGCCAACUUCAACCCAAGGGCUCCCCCUUCGCGCACCUGCAACCACUGCUUCGAGCAGUAUAGAGAUUGGCACAGCCGCAACAACAGCCAGAGCUCCAGCUCUGCCUCCUCAGACGACCAGAACGUUGCACCGCCCACACCAAUUGCUGCUAUCCCGGGCGCUGCUGCCGCUGCCCUUGCACUUCCCAAGGGUCCCGAAGUGGCAGCCAGCGUCCCUCGCGAUUGGAACUGGAGCACCUUUUAA